AUGGACGACCGUACGCUUGACUGUGAAGUCGAUUUACAGUUAGAAAGGACUGCAGCACACAUUCGGCGUACUAGUGUUGCCGAACCGCGAGCCGCAAUUGCUGGCAGCGAUAGGUUUCAGGACGACCUUGCUACCUGUUCAGAUGAGGAAAGCCUGCGUCGCAAGCUCGUUUCCGUUCGUAGGCGCCGUCUCCAGUGUCAUCGACUUCUAGAGCAAGCCGAAGCUCAGCAAAAUGCGCUCGAUGAGCAGCUCUUGGCGGUGAUUCGUCAACGAGACGAGGCCGUAUUGGAUUACCGAAGCGUGCGCAUUGCUAUUGCAACGCAGCAGAGGCAGCUCCAGAUUUCCCGCCAAUGGAAUGUUACCAACGACACAUUUCAUAUAUGGCACAGUGGUCCCUUUGUCACUAUAAAUGGACUGAGGUUAGGAGCAGAAGCGCCCUCAAUGGAAGUCGGGUCCAGUGCAGAUACCGAUCGACAACCUAACGGCCCAAUUGAGCAACCCCGUAGGUAUCUGGGGUUCGGUGCGCAACCAGCUCCGUCGACUGUGAAUCCAAGUUCGAAUUCCAACGAAGUAAGGAACCAAGAGGGCAAGAACACAAUUCGAAUUCAUUGGACGGAGAUUAAUUCUGCUCUGGGACAAGUGUGUCUUUUACUAUCUACAUUGGAACAAAAACAGUGUUGCGGGAUCCGCUACCGCCACGAGAUUGUUGCACAAGGUAGUACCAGUAAGAUCGGAAUCCGCUCCAUCAACAAUCAGCAUACGGCGUACUACAAUUUAUACUCGGACGACAGCUUUCAACUGUUUGGAAAGCGUAAUUUCAAUACGGCUUUGCAAGCUCUGGUACAGUGUGUUGUCGAUGCUGCUGAUGCUGUUCAAGCCCGCGAUCCAACCAUCACGCUACCGCACGCUCUGGAAAAGACGAAUACACGCAGCGGCGAUUAUGUUGUUGGCGGUCUUUCCGUCGCUUAUGGAACCGAUGGUGUGGAAUGGACCCGUGCCAUGAAGUAUUUGUUGACCGAUAUCAAGCAACUAAUGAUGUUUAAACCGUUUGCUUUACGCCACGCACGGUCGUGA